AUGGCUACCUCCACCGCUCUCCCUUCCACAGACGACACCAAAAUCAACUCCAACGAAGUAGAGCUCGUAGAAGAUGUCUCCUCGACACCGGCUAAAUCCAGCGGUAUACCGGAAUACGUUCGCAACCUUUCUCCAGAAGAUCGUCACAGGAUCGAAACUACGUUGAGACGAAAAGUAGAUACGAGACUACUCCCUAUGGUGGUUCUCAUUUACAUCAUGAAUUAUCUGGAUCGCAACAAUAUUGCUGCUGCAAAAUUAGCUGGAUUGGAGACUGAUCUGAACUUGAAAGGAAAUCAAUUUCAGACUGCCGUCAGUAUUCUGUUCGUGGGAUAUUUGCUGAUGCAAGUACCAUCUAAUCUUCUCCUGAACAAACUUGGAAAACCGUCACUAUAUCUUCCUGGAUGCAUGGUAGUUUGGGGAAUACUCUCAGGAGCAACAGCUGCGUGUCAAUCAUAUGGUGGUCUAAUCGCCUGUAGAUUUAUUCUCGGAUUCGUCGAGGCGGCUUAUUUCCCGGGAUGUUUGUACUAUCUUUCAGCUUGGUAUACGCGCAAGGAACUAGUUAAACGAACAGCUUUCCUAUACUCGGGAUCUCUACUCUCAGGUGCAUUCUCAGGAUUGAUCACCGCGGGUAUUACCCAUGGUUUGGAUGGUGCCAAAGGGCUCCGUGCUUGGAGGUGGCUUUUCAUCAUCGAGGGUGCGAUUACAGUCGUCAUAGCUUUUUCUGCCUUUUUUGUACUCCCCGAUCUUCCACGAACAACAAGUUGGCUAUCAGAGGAGGAAAAAGAACUCGCAGCUUGGAGGCUGGAGGAAGACAUCGGACAAGAUGACUGGGUUGAUACUAAGCAACAGACAUUCUUACAUGGCGCCAAGCUUGCCGUGAAAGAUCCCAAGGCGUGGCUUUUACUCGCUACAAUCUACGGGUUUACAUCCGCAGGCGCCGUUACAACUCUCUUCCCAUCAGUUGUGCAAGGUUUGGGUAAGAGUAACAUCGAGUCGCUUCUCUUGACAACACCACCGUAUCUUAUUGCAGUUAUUGCCAUCCUCUGUAAUGCAUGGCAUGCAGAUGCAACAGGCGAAAGAUAUUUACAUAUUGCUGUACCUCCAGUCGUGGCAUUCAUCGCUUUUGCAAUUGCAGCAGGAACGACAAAGUUUGCACCAAGAUAUCUUGCAAUGUGUCUUAUGGUUGGAUCGAUCUAUUCAGGAUAUGUAGUUGCGCUUAGUUGGAUUUCAAAUGUACUUCCUCGACCUCCAGCCAAACGUGCAGCUGCUCUAGCAGGUAUCAACGCGCUGAGUAACAUUGCCCAGAUUUAUUCACCGUACCUCUACCCCAGUAGCGAUGCCCCUCGCUACGCCAAAGCAAUGUAUGUCAACCUGGCGAUGUCGGUGAUCUCAAUUAUAUUCGCCACGGUACUGCGAUUCCAUUUGAUGCAAUUAAAUAAGAAGUUGGAUAGAGGAGAAAUCGUAGAGGGAGUCAAUGACCGAGGCCCUCCAGGAAGAAACGUCGAAGACGGCGAAGGCGAGGAAGUCGCUGUUGAUAGAGGAUUUAGAUUCUUGUACUGA